CCGCCCAAGGACGAUCCCUAUACUCUCGAGCAGCUGAAGGAGUUCGAUGGGAGCGAUCCUAGCAAGCCGAUAUACGUCGCUAUCAAAGGUGAUGUGUUCGACGUCACCCGCAAGGCGGACGUGUACGGUCACGGCAAGUCGUACAACAUUUUCGCGGGAAAGGAUGGUUCGAAAGGUCUCGGUAUGAGCUCGCUCAAGGAGGAGGAUGCGGUUCCGGACUGGAGCGAGCUGCCGGGGAGCGAGAAGAAGGUGCUCAACGACUGGCACUCGUUUUUCUCAAAACGGUACAACAUCGUUGGACGCGUAUCA